AUGUAUUCGACACAGUUACUCGCCUCCUUUGAAAAUAACCUAUCUUGUCAUAUAGCUAUUCAUGGAAGAUUAAAUGGAUCAUCCUGCUCCAGCCUGCCUGGCUUCGUUCCUGCUCGCUUGCAACAAACACCUGCCUCUGGUCGAGGUAACAUCGGGCAUACCAGUUCUGGCCGGCCACCAUCUUUACCAUCCGGUUACUCGCCUGCUUUUCGUCCCGCCUGUCUCCUUCCACCACUGCACAAGCCUCCGCCUUCAUGUAUAGCUAAUCUCCCUCUGCACUUAUCUCAACCAAUUACCGCUAGCUCCAAGGAGCAGCUCCCCUCUGAUACCAAGGUCACAUUGGAAUCUCAAUUAGCUUCAACGUCCGUCGCCCGAUCAGGACCAAGAUCUGAAAGCAUUAUUGAGAAGAGCGUCAUAGAAGAAUUGCGCCGAUUGCGCUCUCAAGGUAAAAUUUAUCGAGUAUGUGUUUAUUUAAUUAUGCCGUUAUUUCCCUCUGGAAGGACUUAG